UCUCUCUCUCUCUCUCUCUCUUUGAGGAUUUGUGUUUCAAAAGCGUGUAGAAUUAUUUUCUCUCUUGAUGAAGGGGGAGAGCUUCUUUGAUGAUCUCUAUGUUUUAAUUUGCUUUAGUAGAGAUGAUCAAUGCUCUGAAGUUUUUAUGCUAAGGCAGUUGUUGCCCAGAUUCUGAAUGCGAUUGUCUUUCGCCUUGUGCUAAACCAGAUUCUGACAUUUUCGAGGCAGUUUCGAAAUAUAACCCUAGUUUUGAUGAAAAACCUUGGCCUUCACUCUCGUCCGAGUCGAAGGAUUUUGUGAGCCUUUUAUUACAAAAGAUCCCAGCCGAAGACUAACAGCUGCCCAGGAUCUAUGUGAGCUUUUUUUGUCACCUCAAAUGGUAGAUUUUGUCAGUGUUUUUAAUGUGCGGCUAUGAAAAUAUUUUCAGCUUCUGGCAAAUGAAGGCUUACAUGCAAUCGUUGACUUUGCGCAAAGCUGUCUUAAAGGCCUUGAAUAAAACAGCAACAACAGAUGAACUCUUCUAUCUAAAGAAGCAUUUCAGGUUGAUGCAGUCUGAUGCAAAUGGAGGCAUAACAUUAGAGACCAUAAAAAUUGUUAAGUCUGCUCAUUACUCGAUAAACUUGAAACCUGAUUAUAUUACAUUAGUCCUAGAUAAAUUUUUCUCAACUUUGUCAAGUUUUUGGAAUCUUGAGUUGAGUUAUGGUUAAAGACUUCUUACAUUAGCAGUAUGAUAGUCUAUAAUGGGAUCUUUUGUUUUACCUAACCAGUGCAAGAUUUUUGCUCUUUAUACAGAUGAAGUAAUCAAAAUGCCAAUACACUAGAGCAAAGUAUACCAAUGGCUCGCUGCACGUAAAUGUUUUACCACAAAAGCAUGUUGUACAAUAAACGAGCAUUUUAUUACACAGCUGUUCUUAAGCAUAGGAGAGGAUAUGAUGACAGACCUUUGUUUAACUGGUUAUCGCGUCUUUUUUUCAUGGGUGAUUGAUUAACGUGAAAUUUCUUGGCUCAAUAGUAAUCUUACAACAUUUUUCUUUCCCUCGUGACUUCGUGAGUGUUCUUGUCUGUAAUUCUUUUCCCGAAAAUGAGUUGUUAUUAUGAUCCUAACUCUGGCUUCUAC